AUGAUUGUUCUGAAGGUAAUAUGAAGGAUCCUUUUCAGUCUGAGGGCUGUACUACCUUCUGAACGGCCACCCGGGAGCCCCAGGCCAGCUCUGGGUGUGGUCAAGAGCAAAAGUGAGUGGAGUAGUGAAUGUAACAUUUACCUCAGUGCAGUAGGCUGGUUUCUACACACACACACACACACGUCCAUUCUUCAACCAGGCAAGCCAGAAACAUUAUCAGAAUUCAAUGACACAUUAUAGGGGGUGCAAAGCAGGGCUCCUAAGAGGCAUAACUGGGGACAGAGUGUGACCUAGGGAGAUUCCCAGGGGACAAAUGAAGAGGUUUGGAGGGCCACAUGUUACCCUCAUGCCUGAGGUUCCCCACCCCUACAAUAUAGCAAUAUGAGAACUUUGUGUGGUAGACAAAUCUCAUCUUGGAAAGAUUCAGUUGACCAUUUGGUGAUUAAAAGCGGCAUCUGCUACCAAAGAUAGUGGGAGUAAUCCUGAUAGGCAUUGCAGUCAACCAUUCCCCUCUUCCAGGCUAUUCCAAUGCAUUCUUCUCCCUUCCCCCAACUCACCAUGUUCCAUGGCCACUGAGCAUGCCUAGUCUGCCAUUUCUUUGAUGAGGUCUGCCCCUUUAGGCUUUCUUUGCCCAAAGCCACAGAAAGUAAGUGCUCAGUUGAUUUGUGCACUUUUGGCACAGAGGAUGAAGGGCUUGAACCUCUUGCAUUUUCCAAGGAUUUUUCCUGGGAUUCUCCUUAUCUGGCAAUUUUGGGAACAAAUGUUUUCAAUUCUUGCAGAAAGAUUUUGCAAUACAAAUAUCUAGAUCUUUGUAUUGCCAAGGAAUUCAAUUCCAUAUUUGUGUUACAUAACAAUUGAAUAAUUCAUGUUAUAUCUGGUUGUAACAUAUAUUUCUCAGCAUUGGAUUUGGUCCCUAAUUGUUCAAAUACCAAUAUUCAGAAAUCAAUAUGGUAAGACUGCCGGGUCUUGAGAUGAGAGCAUCAGAUCAUUAAUUUUCAACCCUUCCAAUAUUAUAUUUUUAACAAAUGUGUGUAUCUUCCAGAAAUGCAAGUCUAUUAUUUCCUUCUCCUCCUUCACUACUUCUUUUCUUUUCUUUCUUUUCUUUUCUUUAUUAACAAAGCUAUGGUUUGUAUUAAGAAGCUAGAUUUUUAUUUUGAUCUAUACAAUAUCCAACUUCUCCUAAAUAGCAUAAUUGGUUGAGCUUACUGAUUUAUAAAAAUAAAACAACCACCCCUAUCUGUCGUCUUGAACAACGAAAGAUUUGUUUGGCUAGUCUAAAGCAUUCCCAGGUGACUGCUAAUUUCAUUGCGUCAUAUUAUGCUAUGGAAAACCCAUAUGCUCUUUUUAUCUUGAUUGAGGUAUAGUUUUAAAUGGAUAUUUCCAACCUCUAGAAAUCUAUUGAUGUAUUUUUGCUUUCAUUUUGCUUAAUCAAUAGAUUAAAAAACAUUUGGCAGAAUCAUCAUUCUAAUUGCCAGUAACCUCUCUAAACAGGAGAGCUUUAAAAUGCUCUAUUCUGCAUGCUGUUUCCAGAUAAUCUUGACCAGAAACCCAUAAUUCUAUUUAUAGGUAGCAGUUAUAUUUUCAAAAUGCUGAUGUCAAAGUACUGGAUUCCUGAAUCUCUCCACGGAUUCCUUAUUACUGACAGAGUAGUUAUGUCUAGAAUUUCUAAUUUCUUUAACUUAAUCUUUGAAGAUCAAUUGAAAUCACCAAAGAGGCUGAAAACAAGUAACAUUUCUAAGAGCGAGUCUUUAUCGUGAGUAAAUACAUUAUCAAGGGUAGCUGUUAUUGCAAUCUCUUUUGCAUAUUUGAUUCUUAUCCUUCUUUUAGUCAAUUCUGUUAAACUUUUUGCAAUCCCUUUUCAGGGUUGUAUAUGGUCAUUAACAAUGGUGAUAACAAGCAGCCCUGUCUUGUGAUUUUACUCCAAGCAAAUUUAUUUAUUUUUGCUUUAUUUUCUUUCAGAAGACCCUGUGUGGUGAAAAGGAAGUCGAGGGAGACCAGUUGCCACUAUUGAAGAAACCAACUCCAGUUAUGGCCUUGGUUAAAAAUCUUAUGUUCCACAUGAUCCACAUUGAGGUACUUUCCUGUGUGGUUUAUCAUUAAUCCCUGAACGCAGUACAGCAAGAAACUUGUAUGUGUCUGUACCCACUUCCUCAUAACACUUAGAUAUCUGUAUAUGUAUAAGAGAAAAUAAUCAGCAAUUACAUUACUAACUAGAUGAAAUGUGACCAGCUACCAAUCACUGUACCUCUGGUCAUAAACAGAGAAGAUAAGAGAGGGAAGGAAAUUCUCUUCACAAAGAGGCAGAGUUCAAACUUGUCUGCUUUCUGUGAAUCACAGAAACAACCACAGACAGACACCAGAUAAUAAACUGCCGUAGACUAGGUGACUCUUUAAUCUGCUCAAAAAAGUCAGUUCCUCCAUCCAGCAUCAUUAUGUUAGGCCCGCCUAUCUGCCUGAUUCCAGACUUUUCAUUUUGAAAGCUACAGAAGGAUUAGCCAAGAGACCACUAGAGGAACUCUCUUGCCUGUGAGGUUUGUCAGGAUAAUUGAAACCCACGAACAUAUUGUUGCAAAUGGCGAGAAUCAGGGGGAAUCACAUGGAAAUGUUUGAUUUCCCAGCUCUUCAAGUUUCAAGUGGCUUCUCCUAACAAAUGUGCCAUUGAUAUACAUGUAAAGGACUGACAGUAGCCAAAGUGAAACCUAUUUUUAGCAAAAUUGCUGAAGUGGCUAGAUGGAGGAGCAGGCUUAUUUUGAAUUAGAGUACUCGUAACGCUGUGACAUAAUGAUUAUUUCAGAGAACACAGCUUCUUAAGUGUGUGAUAUGGACCACCACAGUAUCAGGGUUGUGUGAGCAAGACAUGUGUGAUGUGUUUGUAGAGAUGCUGUACAUUUUUUUCACAGUGUGCUGUCAAGGCUCCCCUCCUGCCCCUCUACAGGAAAUCUAUGACCCAAGAUGAAAUCACUGUUUGGUUUACAAUGAACCAAAGUGGACUCAGCAGUAGGACCUCAUACCUGCUCACUCUAAAAGAAGAAGAAGAAGAGUUUGGAUUUGAUAUCCUGCUUUAUCACUACCCGAAGGAGUCUCAAAGCGGCUCACAAUCUCCUUUCCCUUCCUCCCCCACAACAAACACUCUGUGAGGUGAGUGGGGCUGAGAGACUUCAGAGAAGUGUGACUAGCCCAAGGUCACCCAGCAGCUGCGUGUGGAGGAGCAGAGACACGAACCCAGUUCCCCAGAUUACGAGACUACCGCUCUUAACCACUACACCACACUGGCUCUCAGCUAAAGCUAAAGACAUCCAAAAGCAAGGUUUCUUAGGCACUUAAUCAAAUUUUGCUGGAUUUCUCAAAGUAUGCUAGAAUCUCUCUGAAGUGCACUUAUGGUACCAUUCUACAAGUAUGAAAGCCUAUUAUGAGAUCCAUCACUGGACAAUGCAGGAGCAAAAAAAGUAAAUUAUUGAAAUCAGAAAUCAGUAGUCAAGUAGGAACUUAGUUUCAUGAUAGGAAAAGCGCCUGCUUCAAUUCUGAAAGAAAUUGUGUCUAUAUUUCUUUGGUGCGAUGGCCUGAACUCUUUGUAACAACUUGACUGGUAAAAACAGAAAGGAUGAUGUUUUUUAAAAAAGGUUAUGUGGAUUUCCAAGAGAAGCACCCUGUGAUUUCAACUCAAUGGUAAUAGUCCUAAUCGAAAUAGUUAGAUCUGUAUUGCAUUGUACUGGGACAGUCCUUCAAAGACAAAAGCACAUUGGUCUGCUAAAUAGAAUGGCCCAGAUUAAAUGUUAAGCCUGCAUAGCUGCUGGAAGGCUGUGUGUUGGGGUGGGGGGAGAAGGAAGAGAUGCAUUGAUGAGCAGUGACUUGCAGGGUGUUGAGAAGAAAUGAUCCCACAGCUUCCAUACUUCAUGUCAGAACAGCUGAUUGAUGCCAUCACAUGUAGGGAUGCUGGAGAAUUCUGAUGGGGGGGGAUUGAAAGUUGCUGAAAUUUGCACAUUUGUGGUCGCGAAUGAAAAUUAGUCAAGCAAAUACAGUUGGUAUUCACUUGCUCUUUUUCAGUUCACAAAUGAUACAUAGUUAAUUUCUUAAUUAAAAACAUGGUUUUGAGGCAUCCUUCAUCAUUGGAAUGAAUGUAAGUUAUGUAAGUUAGAAAAAUAAUUACAUAAAUUAUGUAACUUAUGGUAAACAGUGGACAGUGAGACAAACAAGGCAGUGUUUGGCAGAAACUGAACUGCGGUGGAAUGAAAACACUGCUGAUUGUGACAAAUGCCAGACAGAAGAGAAAUUGCUGCCUUCUUACACCCCUAAUUGCAUUGUGAAACCCCAAUGUUAAAGGGUGAGGAGGAACACACCCUCAUCCAGCUAAGGUUGCACAUGCAGACACAUCACUUGUGAAAAGACACAUCACUGAGCGGAAAGCAUUAAAUUUCUUUCAAAAGGGUGGCCCUUACUCAAGCUGCAUCAGAGCCAGAAAACCGGUUCUAAGUUUGGACCAGUCUGAAGGUGCUUGAAAAAUGCUCCAAACAACACAAACCAUUAGCUUGGUCUUCCUCUCUUAAAGAUGAAACCUUGGAACUGGGAUAACGCUAAGUCCUUUUCCCAAAAGAAAACAGUUCAGAGAUGAGCCGAAGUCAACAAGUGAAAGACCCAUUUGUACAGCUGGUUAUUGAGAAAACCAGAAGACAAGGGCCAUCAGCUACUGCUGUGCCCACGAAAAGCUCUUAGUCCAAAGAAGGAAGAUAGAAGAUUGGAUGCACCUCCGACCACAUCCUGCUUCAAAGUUCAUUCUAGGGUUUUCCCAUUUGGGGGUCUUCCGGAGCUUGCCCACCCAGGAGGUGCCCUCCAGGAGCAGAGCUAAUAGAAAACCACAAGCCAGCCCCAGCCUCUGUGCAGCAUGGGGUUCCAUCAGCACAACGUGCCCCGACUAAUUAAUAGCAGAGCCCCCCUUCCCCAGAGGGCAAACAAAAUGAAAGGGAAAAAGCUCCGUUUUCAAAGCAAUCAUCCUGCACUUCAAUGAAGAUUUCUCUCACUCCCUCUUUUUUUAAAAAAAGUUUUAAUAUACACACUAAAUUAAGCUUGAGGGAAAAAAGGAGGGGGACAUUUCAUCUUUAAUCUAUUUACUUCUGAAUAUUUAACAUACAAUUCUGGCACCAAUCACCAGAUUUAACUGGAAAAUUACUCACUAAUCUGUUUGCUUAUUUGGAAUAAUUGGGUAGGCUGCCAAGGAAGAGGAUUUCCUACCCUGUUUAAUAUCUCAGUUAGUAGUCCAAUUUCAGCUUGGCGGCAUAAUUACUCUGACAGAGCUGUAGCCACAGGGCCUGUGAGUGGGGCUGCUUUUUAAACCGUAAAUUAUGGAGGAUUAGCAUUUAUGAAUUUUAAAUCAGGGCUGUGGUAGGAGACACUAAAGCUGCUUAGAGAUUGCAAACCACGGCAUUCAGGCACAAGCUAUUAACACUUUCCUCCCCGGUCCUCCUCCCCCCUCCCCUCCAGACCAGUGAUGAACAGAAAGGAAUUUCUCCUUCUACCUUUGUUUGCCAUAUUAUCCAGUGCCACUUAUACUUGAGCUUUGCAAUUAAUUAGCAAAAGAGAGCAGGACAAGUCUGCCUGAAGGUUACUUAUAGCCCAAUCCAGUGCUUGUUUACUCAAAAGUAAGAGCCACUGGGUUUCAAUGGAGGGGAAGAAUUGCAUUAUGUGGCUCAAUCAGAGCUGGUCUUUCUCAAGGUUAUCAUAAAAAGGAGAAGAGCUGCAGCUUAGAACAUCUACUUUGCAUGCCGAACAUCCAUGUUGAGUCCAUGACAUCUCUUGGGAGGUUUGGGACUAUUCCCUGUCUUAAACCAUGGAUAGCUGCUGCCAGGCAGUGUAGACCAGGGAUGGGGAACCAGAUCUCCUGCACAUUUCGCAGGCCAAGUUUGCCUACCUAUCAAUCACCUGAUGUCAAAGUCACAUGCGGUGACUGUUUGCAAAGGGACAUCAGCAAGGAGCUUCACAAGACCUGACAAUCAGCUGGUUGUCAGCUCUUGCAAAGCCCUGUGCACAGCUCUUUGCAUAGAGUUUUGCAGAUGUUACCAAUCAGCUGAUCAGCUAAGCCUUUCAGCUGAACUGGGGUUUCACCUGCCCUUAGGCAAGAUUAGCAUAGCUUGGCCAAAAUGGCACUGCCCCAAGAUGCCAAGUCCUGCUACCAGACCUAGCAUUGCUAUCCCUAGAUAUUUGUCAGUGCACACUCACCACCUCUUUCCUGACGAGUGCAAAUAGGGUGACCACAUGCAAAGGAAGGCAGGGCUCCUCAGUCCUUGACAGUUGGAUAGACAAGAGAAUUGUAGUAGCUGUAGUUCUGAAGAACAUGGGAAACUGCCUUACAUUAAGUCAGACCACAUCCAUCAGUCUCAGCAUCGUUUACACUGACUGGCAGCAGCUAUCCGGGGUUUCUGGCAGGGAGCCUUUCCCAGCCCAAACUGGAGGUGCCAGUGAUUGAAUCCGUGACCUCCUGUACUUAAAACAGAUGCUCUACCACUGAACCAAAGCCCCUUCCCAAAAUGCUUAUCAUCCCUGCAAGGUAAACUGUACCUGUUUUCUCUUCUACCAAACUGUUAGAAGUAGGGAUAGGACUUAGGGGAGCCUAGUACUACUUUGCACCAGGUCACCCUCUUCUCUGCCCAGCCAGAUGAGCAGGGGAUAAAUAAUAAAAUUAUUAGUAUUGGUAUACAGUUUGGUAGACCAAUGUUUAUUUUAAAGAAGGAACCUCCAAUUUGGUCAUUAGGACAACCAAUAUUUAAACACUGGCCUAUAUUUUAAACACACACACACACACACACACACACACACACACACACACUGCUUAAAACGUGAGCUGUUGGUUUGAACUCUGCCACACUCACGGCUCAGAAUCUGUAGCCGGUGAGCUUGCUGCUGUUGUUUUUGCCCGUCGGGGCUCAUGAUGGGGGUAAAUCCUCCCUUUGAUGUAUGCAUUAAACUUCUUUUAAGGCCAAUGAGAGCAAUGUACAUGCACAGAAUGUGCAAUGCCCUGAAGAGAGAGAGAUUUAAAAACAUUCUGCCAUUUGCUGAACCACUUUGAACACAGGGAAUGUUCCUCGUGGGAGAGAGUGUAGAUCUUGGAUGCUACUGAAAGUGCAUCCUGGGGAGAAACUUGUACAUUUCCCCUCCAGGCUGUGAUUCAACUUGAAACUUGUACCUGGUGGAACUACAUGGGAGGCUCAAGGGCAUCUGGAAAUGAAUGCCCUUGCUCCUACUAAUAAUUAUCAUUAUUAUCAUCAUUAUCAUUUCAUUUCUAGCUUGCCCUUCAUUGAUACAGGAUCCAAAAGAAGGUGACAUCCUAAACAUAUACAUAUACAAUAACAGUUUGGCUAUUAAUAUAACCUUAAUGAAAUCUAAUAUUUAUAAAAUAACCUUACUUAUUCUGCUACCACACCAUAGGUAAAGCUAAAGGGACCCUUGACCAUUAGGUCCAAUCGUGGCUGACUCUGGGGUUGUGGCGCUCAUCUCACUUUACUGGCCAAGGGAGCCGGCGUACAGCUUCUGGGUCAUGUGGCCAAGAUGACUAAGCCGCUUCUGGCGAACCAGAGCAGCGCACGGAAAUGCCAUUUACCUUCCCGCUGGAACGUUACCUAUUUAUCUACUUGCACUUUGACGUGCUCUCAAACUGCUAGGUUGGCAGGAGCAGGGACCGAGCAACGGGAGCUCACCCCGUCGCAGGGAUUCGAACCGCCGACCUUCUGAUCGGCAAGUCCUAGGCUCUGUGGUUUAACCCACAGCGCCACCCGUGUCCCUUGCUACCACACCAUACCACUGCAAUAAAUAUGGGGAGGCUGAGCAAUACCCGUCAACUGCCCCAGAAAAACUGUGACAUCCUGGUUUUCCCCACGAGAGCAUGGCGGACAUUUUGAGCACCUUGCUCUCGCACAAUUUCAGGACGAGAUCUUGCCCCCCCCCAGCACUUUUUCCAGGUCCACAAUCUCGCAUGGGUCGUGUGACUUGCACAGGUCUUUGGACCCGGAAGAUGGUGUAUCUGAUUUGGGCCACAUCCCGUGGGAGGGUAUGUGAGGGGCCAAAUGGCCCUGGCCUCUCUAUGUGGCCCACAGGACUCUCCCUAGGCCACACCCUUCACAAGCCGUAUUCUGAGGUUGAAUCCUGACAAGACAGAAGUACUGUUUUUGGGGGACAGGAGGCGGGCGGGUGUGGAGGACUCCCUGGUCCUGAAUGGGAUAACUGUGCCCCUGAAGGACCAGGUGCGCAGCCUGGGAGUCAUACUGGACUCACAGCUAUCCAUGGAGGCGCAGGUCAGUUAUCAGCUCCAUCUGGCAUGCAGGCUGAGACCCUACCUGCCUGCAGACUUUCUCACCAGAGUGCUGCAUGCUCUAGUUAUCUCUCGCUUGGACUACUGCAAUGCACUCUAUGUGGGGCUACCUUUGAAGGUGACCCGGAAACUGCAACUAAUCCAGAAUGCGGCAGCUAGACUGGUGACUGGGAGCGGCCGCCAAGACCAUAUAACACCGGUCUUGAAAGAUCUACACUGGCUCCCAGUACAUUUCUGAGCACAAUUCAAAGUGUUGGUGCUGACCUUUAAAGCCCUAAACAGCCUCUGUCCAGUAUACCUGAAGGAGCGUCUCCACCUCCAUCGUUCUGCCCGGACACUGAGGACCAGCACAAAGGGCCUUCUGGCGGUUCCCUUGCUGCGAGAAACCAAGUUACAGGGAACCAGGCAGAGGGCCUUCUUGGUAGUAGCACCCACCCUGUGGAACGCCCUCCCACCAGAUGUCAAAGAGAAAAAUAACUACCAAACUUUUAGAAGACAUCCGAAGGCAGCCCUGUUUAGGGAAGCUUUUAAUGUUUAAUAGGUUAUUGUAUUUUAGUGUUUUGUUGGAAGCUGCCCAGAGUGGCUGGGGAAACCCAACCAGAUGGGCGGGGUAUAAAUAAUAAAUUAUUAUUAUUAUUAUUAUUAUUAUUAUUAUUAUUAUUCUGUGCCGAGUGCUUCUGCCUCACUUGAUUGUGUUCUUGAACUCAUUUGCCUGGCUAGAGUAUGGAGAGAUGCAUGUGUGUGUGUGUUGAAAUAUCUGGUGCAAAGGUGAGGCUCACAUCCUUCUCUCUGCCCACUUUUGCCUCUGGCGCUGCCCCUCAGUGGCGUAUGUCCCCCCAGAAGCUUGCUCGGAAGGGAAUGUGACCCUCUGGCGAAAAAAGGUUCCCUUACCCCUACAUUACAGCUAGGCUCACACCAGCAACCCCCCUCCACAUCUAAGGCCUGGAGAAAGAGGUGAGUCUUUAGGUAGCGCAGAAAAUAAAAAAAAUGCUGAUACAGGUGAACUUCAGAUAGUAAGGCAGGUAGGUAGGUAGGUAGGUAGGUAGGUUGAUAAGUGUGUGUGUGAGAGAGAGAUCACUGGGUUCAAAAAUUGUAUUUUGAGUUUUUAUGUUGUAAACCACCCUGUGAUCUUCAGAGGAUGGGUGGUAUAGUAGUAGUAGUAGUAGUAGUAGUAGUAGUAGUGAUGAUUAUGAUGAUGGUGUUGGCACCAGGGACCAAAGCAAAAUGGUAGUGAGGAGCUGAUAAUUAUUAGGAUUACAGAAGGAACAGAUUGGAGUUCCACCCUGCUGUGACCCUUAUGAGAACCAUUCACCCAAAGGCUGUUAUGUGUAUUAAUAGAAAGGCACAUAUAAUGUCAGGUGUAGUUAGGCCCUAUAUUGCUGGAAAUCAGGGUUUACUAGACAGGGAAAAAUACAGGAUCUGUGCUGAAAGUCCCUUUUUAUCAUUCAUUGGGCAGGUAGGGGGCAGAAUAAAACCCUCUGGAAAGAUGAGGUGAGAAAUUUAUCUGAAUUUUUAGUUAAAGGGUUGCCUUAGUUAACCUUAGUUAAUGGUAGGGACAACUACUGAUUUCUGCAUGUUUCAGUGUAGAUCUAGCUGGGGCAACUAGACACUCACCUAAUAUGAUACAAAAAGUCACACACACACACACACACACACACACACACACACACUAGUUGCCAGAGUAGGGAAAUUGGGAAGGCCUCAAUUAUUCAGACAUCACCAUGCAAGGAAUUUGAAAGGCUUGCCUAUGGAAUAUUCUGGAUAACAACUCUGAGGUGAUGGAGAUCUUCUGUGUCAGUGUUAAAAAAUAAAUCUUUCACAGGGCUGAUAUUAGUAUCUCCGUGAUUUCUGAAAUGCUUGACAGCCAUAAUUAAUGCUAGACAUAAAUAACACAAUCCACUGGGACCACAGAGAAGUUCCUUUGUGCAAGCCCUCUUGAGGUAAAUGGGACACAUUUUUACUCCUUCCAUGAUCAGAGGAAUGGAAGAAGCUUGAAAUGAGGGUUGUGUGAAAGUGCAGAUCUGGUUCAACUAAUGUGAUCCCACCCUGAAACUCACCCAGCCUCCAUGAUUUGAAAGGACACUUGGGGACACUGGUUGAUACACCAACUUUCCAUUUUGUUCAGAUCUUAAGGUCUGAUUGCUUCAGUUCUUCAACAUGUUUCAGCAGAUUUUGGAGUACAUGAGUGACACCCAGAAAUCUGUAGGGCAAUGAUCCAGUCAAAGCUCAGCAUGCUUCACAUCUCUUCAAUUUCAAUAGGGAAAAGCUAAGCACCCACUCUUUCACACUAAAAUCAAUAAGACUUAAAAGUGCCAGAUAUGAUAUGUGGCUGAUAUGUGCUCCAAGGCUUUCAAUUUGCCCCCAAACAUUUUUAAAGCAUGUUUACGGGGGGGGGGGGGGAUUUUAAGAGCAGAGGGGCAGGAAGUGCUAAAAAGACAGGAUUGGAAACAGACCCCCUUUGAUCACAUUAUGGUGGUCAGAGUCCCAUCACCUUUCCUUGGAGUUUGUUGUCAAACACAUAGGUUGGCUAUCAUCACAUGGAGUUGGAGCCUCAGUCAGGUCCAAGGUACAUGUUAUGGGAUGCAUGCAAGUCACUACUAAACACCACACCUUUCUGCAUCUGCCCAGUAAAGUUUAGUUAAAGAAGAUGGAUGGCAUCACAUUACCAUAGUUAGAGUCUCCCUACUACUGCUCUUUGCAGGGUUGGGGGAAAGACAUUUAUAGUGUGAUGUUGUGUUACUCAUGUUAUUAGACUAAUUGUUUGCCUGGGAAAAGAAGUGGCAGGAACAUGUCUCUCGUCACAUCUAGUUGAGACCCUGGCCUUAUAGCUGCACAUUAUGAUGUUAUGCACACAUGGACAUAGGUCAUUGGCUUGACCUCCAAACCACAGACUCCUGGGAUGGAUGGACAGACUGACUGACUGAUUGAUUGAUUGAUUGAUUGAUUGAUUGAUUGAUUGCAAGGGCUGUAUACCACUUAAUCAAGCAUAUCUCUAAAUCACUCACAUAACGGUAUGAAAUAUUCACUAAAAAGGCAAUAAAAACAGACAUUAAAAACAGCAGGCAAUAAAAAAGUGUCCAGGAAGAAAGGGGCUGAUAAAAUCAACAGUUUUAGCUUGAACUGUGAUCCCAUUUCUGUUCUAAAAAUGAAUAUGUUGUCUAAAACCUGGGAACACAGAUAACACAAAGUUUAAAACUAUCAUCACUAAUUGGUGCAGCUUUUAUAUUCACUGAUGUUUUCAGUAUUCAUGGUAGAAAAGAAGAUCAGAGUAAUCUUAUUACGAAUUUGUGUCCAUAGUUGCAGGGACCUACAUUCAGGGCAAGGGGAGUAGUAAAGAGACGAUACUUCAUGCCUGUUUUGUUGGUUUUUAGCCAAUUAGGAAAUUCCUGCUCAGACAAAAAGAACACCCUUGGUGUUUCCUUGCUUGCCUGAUGACCUCUAAUCAAAUACAUCAAUAAGGUGCUCAGCACUGAAAUGAAAACAAAAUGAGUGUGCCAGGUGAGAUGGCAGCCUUACAGACUGAUAUAUUCAAAUGUUUAUAUCCUGUCCAUUAAGUAUGAAUGCUGUCAGGAUGGCUAAGACAGUACAUGCUGGAAAGAAUUUGAGCAAGGCUUCCUGCCUAUGUGAGCACCCCUACUUCAAUUCAAGCAAAGCCCCUAUCAAAAAACAUGCCACAUAUAGAAUGCUAGAGCAUCAAGGAAAGUAUUUCUCAUACUUGGGUCUCCAGCUGUUGUUGACUACAACUCCCAUCAUCUCUGACAACUGGUCCUGCUAGCUAGAGAUGUUGGGAGAUGAAAUCCAACAACAGCUGAUGACCCAAGUUUGAGAGGCACUCGCCCUUUCACCAGCAGCCUCACUUAUCACAUGUAGGACAAUUUAUUUUUUAUUUCCAUUCCCUUUCAGAAUAAAUUGGAGGCCACAUAGUUUCUUCUGUCCCAAGGAAGAGUACCUGUGGUUCCCAGGCAGUCUCCCACCUAGGCAUUGACUCAGACCUGCUUAGUUUCAGUGAGGUGGUGGCCUCAAAUGCAUUUAGGAUAGCAUCCUGCAUCCUGAAAUAGUUCAAAGGAACUGUUAUACACAUGCCAAGGUGACCAAGACCCUGGCAGGACUGCUGGAGUGGCUGGCCCUUAACCCUAACACCCAUUUUUUAUUGAAAACAGCCUGCUGUUUGGAGGGGAGAAUACAUGUGUUUGCAUUUUCCUGCAGGGAGUAACAACAGUUGGUGGCGAACAGCUUAAAGUGGGAAAACAGCAUAGUUGGAGGGUUUCUUAGGCAACACAUACCAACAAUUCAGCAGUAUCUCCAGCACAUUGGCAGCCCCACCACCAGCCCUGUCACAGUUGCAUUUUUGUACGGAAAUAUGUAACAUGUAGUUUGGCUCUGGCCCCAUGAGAUAUGGCCACAGAAGUGUUUGUUGGGACCUCAUGGUUGUAGUUGUGGGCCAUCUCAAAACCAGUUUACCUAUACAUCUGCCUGCGUACAUGAGCAACCACAGAUUAAACUCAUGUCAGCUCAAACACAUUCGCUUCAAUCCAGAGAGGCCAAAUGGAAAAGCCCUUCUGCCUAUGGAAGUUGGCCACACCAAAUUCCUUCAGCUUCCACAGCUUCCUGUAGUCCCUUGCACCCCACCCCUAUCCAGAAAAACUCUUGGCUCUCAAGAGUAGCUUCUGGGGGUGCCAAAACUUGUAGUGGAGGAAACAGACAAGAAAGACCCAUUGUCUAAAUGGAGUUCCUCACAAUGUUCUGAAGAUCCAACCCAACAUUCUUGACUGAGCCAGUUCAUAUACUGUACUGUGAAUCGUCAAGUGCAGAGUAAGCAAGUGACAUAUUGUGACGUGUGAACUAGCCUUCCGAUUGUCCUUUAACUUGCAUAGAAUGCCUUCAUUCCCCAGAAUUAAUGCAAUGUGCAACAAAUGGAAACUGAUGGAUUUCUUACUGUAAAAUACUCUCCUGGAAUACAUUUGGGUGGUUUCCCCCCACCCCACCCCCCACUGCUAUUCACUGUUUAACAGUCUGAAAGGAAGCCACCUCCAAUUGGAACUGAUUCACUACAUUGCCACAGGGGCAAAAGCCUAGCACAUUUCUUACAUGUAUCUACUGUACCUUCCAAAGUGCCUUAGUGCUACAUGCAGAGUUCUGAGCUGGCAGAAAAGAGCAGAAUGUGAGUUGCAGUGCUCCUAGCUGCAUUGCAGGAGAAGCCCGUAAAACACUGCUUGCACUCUUAGGAGUUUAAAACACCUCACUUGUCAUUUUUCUUCUUUUAAUUUACCAAAUAAAAGAAUUGCUCCCAGGAAGACAUAUCUAUAUACCAAAUUUAAGCCCAGGGGAGUUUGUAUAUAGCUUAGCUAUAAACUCUGAGGGGGACGGACUGGAAACAUGGCUAGCUUACACUCAUGCACAGGAGAUGGAACUGAAAGGGCUCUCAAAGACCAGAGUUAUAUUUUACAUUUUGCUUAAAAGCGAUCCAAUAUCCCUAUGCCUAUAAAUCACAGUUGAGACGAAAACAAAAGCAAACUGAGAAGCAAAAGGUAAGAAAACUGAUUUUUCCUGGUUGGUGUGAGCAUGUGAUCGUGUUGGGGUAAUUAUAUAAAUAAAAUAAUAGUCCCAGUUCCCCACGAUUUGUUGAACGUCAGGCUCCAGCCACCACCAAAAUUCCCUAUUGUCCCUGUAAGAUUUCUUGCAUGGUUCUUUUGGGAAUACGCUAGAACAGGUGAUAAAUGGAAGAGUGCCCCUUCUAGAGUCCUUGCUGUGUUUUGUGAUAACUCAUUAUAUUUCUUUCUUUACAAAUAGCCCCAUUAACGCUCCAGAACUGAACGGAAUCAUAAAGCCUGAACCGCCCCUCUACCAUUUGAGUGAAGCUAGAGGUAUUGUUUUAUGAAUUACAGGGCUGCCAAAGCUGAUUUAUUCAGGCAAAGCCUUCAAAGCUGAGUCACAGAUCUGUUUGGGUUUGUACUGACUGCAAGAAAAAAAGGAAAUACUUCCCUCUGCAAUAAAGGCAAUAUAAUUUAGCUAUCACUUUAUUGAAUUAUAUCGAAUAUAUCGUUUCUCUUCGAUAGGGUUGAAGAGAGCGCGACACCCCUCCUCCCCCCUUCUAGCUGAAAAAGAAAGGGGGGGAACCCAGUGAAACCAUUUAUAGGCAAAUUUAAAAAAUAGGAGAGAGACUUGAGCUCUUUCAAAGACUUUGCAGCCUCAAUAAAACCUUCUAUAUUCCGAAAUUAAAUGUCACUCUUAGGCAGAUGAUUCUAAACAAGACUCCUAUAAUCCUUUCUGUUAUGGGGCUAUUUAUUUUUGUCUGGGAAAAACUUCAAAGCAGCCCAUGACAGAUAAUAAAAAAUCAAAAUUAGCAUUCCAAUGAGGAUUUUUUUUUUAAUAUAUAAAAAAGAAUUACUUUUACAGUUCUUCUGCAAAGGAGAACUAAACUCACUUGCUUCAAGUAUAUUUUUUAAUCUCGCUCAUUCAUCAUUUUUUCAACCAAGUUGUGGCGGGGGAGGGGGAGAGAGAAACAGAUUCUCAUGAAAACCAAUUUCCCCCUCUAAAAAUUUCUUUGAAGAACCCCCAGACAGCCACUACACCAUAUUUCUGCUUCUUCAUUUUUUAUAUUUCUCUUCCGCUUUUCUUCCAGGGAGCACAAGGCAGCAUACAUGGUUCCCCCUCUUUCCAUUUCAUGCUCACAACGACCUUGUGCAGUAGAUUAGGCUCAGAGGCAGUGAUUAGCCCAAGGUCCACCAGUAGGCUUCAUGGCUAGGAGGGGGGAUUGGAACCUGGGACUCCCCAGUCCUAGCCCGACACUCUAACCCAGUGUUUCCCAGAAAUGACCCUCCAAACAUCACCUCGGUGGGGCAGGGAGUUUGCAGGCUUUUUCAAAUAUUUGUGAUUUCACUUAAACGUGCAGUGCUUUGGAAUGUAACACACACACCCCCAUAAAUCUGGAGUUGCCUGGAUGUGACAGCAUAGAGAGGAAGAAAUAGAUAUAUAAUCUAGGUAAGGGAGGAAGAGUAGGAGACAGGGCAAGAGAGAGCAACCAUACGCUGUGGUGGACAAGAGAUUCUCCUAGUUUGCUCGCCAGGAAUGACUGUGUACAUUGAGAAAGUUACCAGCUAAAAGCCAGCUGUGUGCCCCUAGUUAGCCCAGAGACCUUCUGUGGGGAUCCAUGUUGUAUAGUGAUCCCCCGAGGUGGAGUAGAGUCUGGUGGGUGGGCUGCCCCAGGCUGGGAGGAGCGGCUAGUGGGGACAAUGAGAUGCAGACUAAGAAGGGUAUCACUUCCAGGUCAGGCAUUGGAACUAACAUGGAGGUCCUGAACAAUGAGGAAAAGCCUGUUGUGUGGAUCCCUUUGAGGAAAUAUUUAGGAGCCACUCAAGCAGUGUAGCAUAGAGACAAGGAGAUGGCGGAGGGAAGUUUCCGCAGAAUUUCAAUGAGUGUUACCCAAAAAAGGGGUGGGGCUUGCUGACAUUAAACGGAGAAUUCACACUGUAGCAAGUGAGUCAUUGUGAGGCUAUAAUGCCCCUGUAACGUCACCAUAAAGGAUGCCCUAGGCAUGCCUAGUACGCUGGUGAAUGGCAGCCUUUGCACUUGUCCGUGUAAGGCUGGCAAACAGAGAGGAACCAUCGAGCUUACAGAUCUCCAGUGUUUGAAUGUUCUGCAUCACUCAAUGGUUUGGGGGCCCAGGCAGUCUCUCCCCUUGUCACAUCUCAAGCAAAGCUGAUUUUGUGAUGCCUUUGUUAUGCAAAUAAGAUACUAAAAGAGUCUUCAGAUUCACUAAGGCGAAAAGCACACUUCUAUAGAAUUGCAAAAGCUCACUUCUGUGUGGCAAGCAUUUCAGAUCCUUCAUCCAAUCCCUUUUUCUAUUUGCUGGUGUUUUUCUGUUUCUUUCUCUCAUAUAUCUAUAUAUGCAUUUCCUUCCCAUGCCCCAGCCAAGCUCACUUGGGUAAUUCCAUAUAGGGCACAUUCUUCAGCAUUUUCUCCCCAUUACUUGGUAAUUAUUGAAUGAAAAGAUGUUCCUUAAUAACAUUGUGUUCAGAAGCAAAACACAGAAGAGGGAAACUUUUGCUUUUUAGCCUGCAACACUCCACAGGCUGCUUUGAUAUUCUGAUCUCACCCUUACUCAAGUACAUUUCUUGAAAACGAAGGGCAGUUAUGUUAAGUCGAUCACUUAAAUGCUGGUUUUGCUCAUUUAAAGACACAACGACUGCUCUUUGCUAUGUUCACUAAAAUCUGCUUGACACAAAUUAAGCUGCGCACAGACACACACAAUUAUGAGGCAGAAGAGACUAUUUUCAAUUGCACUUGAAGGGUCCUUCAUAUAUAUGCGUGUGUGUGGUCUGAUAAUUUAAUAUUGUUGUUAUUAUUUCCUUUUAAACUGCCCUUCAUUUUUAGAUACCAGAUUGGUACACAGAAGUCAUGAAUAAGAUCAAACAUGCAUAACUUGUACAUAGGAUGAGGUGGGGCAUCCAUCUCUGGUUCUCCAGUAUUGCUGGACUACAGCUUCUAUAAUCUCUGAGCACUGGCUAUAUUGGCUAGGGAUGAUGGGAGCUGGAGUCCAUCAACAUGCAAGCAGGGCCAUGCUUUUAGUCUCACAUCCGUUUUGUUGAACAACUUUGCAUUGCCCAUGUUUGUCUUACCUGAAAAGCCAGGUCCUACCUGCAUAGCCAGGUGAUCUGAUUGCACAAAACCACCACAAGAAAACAGGAGGUUGUUUGUUGGGCUUUCACCACUUCAAGCAGCCACAAGCAACACACAGCUGUUUGAGGAAAGAGUCGAGACAUCAGUAGUGGAUAACCUGAAAAAUGCACCUCUACUUUAGAUCUGGGCUUCCUUUUCUGAGCCUUCAAAGUUCAUUUCUGAACCUUGCUUGGGAAAACAUCACUAAUAUCAUGGUUGCGUCUUGCAAAUUUGGAGGACAUUCCAUCAAGGACUGCCUCUAUGCCAUCCUGAUUCAUUUCCACAUGACCUCCCAAAGAUAAACAAGCAUCCUGGUGCUUUCCCCCAGGGGGUACUCAAGGGUAUGCAGUACCAUCACUGUUGUUGUUGUUAAAAAGUGUGGCACUUACUGUAACUUCAUGGUGAAGUCACCGGCACCUAUUUUUCUAGAAAAAAAGCACUGAAGCUUCCUUUUAUUCAUAAAACACAAAACUUCUCUUUUCUCCUUUAUUAUAAAUGUAAAUCUUCUAACAAAAACUAAUGGGAUAUUUAGAAUUUCAGUACAGCUUCUUCCUUUUGGAUAUGAUGCCCUCCCAGUUUUGAAGCAAUCUCCUGGGCGUUUCAGCAUCACCUUUCUUUUCUAUGGCAAUCAAAGCAGACAAAAUACUUGACUAGUGGUAAAUAGUAUCUGGUCAGUUCACUCAGAUCACCAUUUGAUAAGGAAGCUAUACAUUCAGCAGUUAACAAAUGCUUUCUGAACCCACUUGAUCUGAAAAUUCUUGGAAAUACAUUUGUGUAAGGAUUAAAAAUUAUAAUCAGCGGCAAUAGUGCAAUGCCUCCCACUCUCUUAUUGGUGAGGGAGAUGGUUUCCAGAAGUCUUUCCUCUCUCUUCCGGAAUGACAGUGCCUCUUCAUCUACAUUGCAAAAUAAUGCCAUGUAGAUCGCUUGCAAAUGUCAACUGAAGAGAGAAGACCUUUUCUGCUGAGGGAUUAUACCUUGCACCCAGAGGCAGAUUGUGAUGGCCUGGGAAUCCGAUUCAGAGGCUGAACCGGAGGAAUCCCAGCCUGCACAGGAGUCCCCGCCUCCAGGGCCGGCUGAACUGGGGCAGGGCCUUGAUUCUGAAGCGCUUGCACCUGUGCCGGAUCCUCAGGAGCAGGCACCAGGUGAAUCCACUCUGGCUCCGGAGGUGGUUGAGGACUCAGUGCCUACAGGUGAGUCUCCCCCUGGGUCCAGUAACCCUUCAGCCUCUCCUGAACUGCAGAGGCUCAGGGUAGAGAGGCGGAGGGAACUGGUUUCUCCCAGGAGGAGUGCUCGCCUUAAGGCCAGGAGAGGUGGGUCUCCUGGGGGCCGGGACCGCCCCUGGCCUCAGAGAAGAUAAAGGCCAGUCAGCCCAGUCCCAGGUUGCGGGAGCAAUGUCGUUGAAGAGCUGUUUCGGCCAGCACCCAGUCCGGUUCCCCCAGAGUUCCUGUCCUUGCCCGGCUCCUCGCUGUGGACCCCGCUUGCCCGUGGAGGACUGUCUGCCGGCCCUCGACUCAGGUCCUGGACCUCGCCCCACGGUAACCUCCCCCCUGGACCAGCACAGUUUGCUCCCACCACACCCGCACUCCCGCUUCGUUGGGGUGCAUUUGGGAAGAGCCAGAGGCCAUGGCUGACCAGGCAGCUGCGUUGGUGGCAUUGGCCCAGGAGAACCAGGCCUUGACCCACACCGUUCAGCAGCUAAGCGAUGUGGUUACGGCACUUCAGCAGCGGUUGGACACCCUACCAGCUCCUGGGGCCGACGCCCCAGCUCCAGGCAAGUACCCAGUGGCCUUGCCAGAGAAAUUUGAUGGGGACCUGGCCAGCUUUCCCAUGUUCCUCGCCCAGGCCAAGUUGUAUAUUCAGGGGCGAGCCCGGAACUUCCCUGACGACCGCACCAAGGUGCACUUUUUGGUCAGUUUGUUAAAGGACCAGGCGGCCAAGUGGGCUUUGCCACUGCUUCGGCAAGACUCUCCUUUGCUAACAGGCUAUGUGGGGUUUUGUAACCACUUGGAGACUGUGUUUGGCAACCCUCUGAAGGAGAGCCAAGCCAAUCGGGCGAUUCGUUGGUUGAGACAGGACAAGUCCACAGCCACUGCCUACGCCACAGAAUUUCGGCUGUUGGCGCAGGACUUGUCUUGGAAUGACGCUGCACUUCGGGACCAGUAUCUUGAGGGACUGUCGGACGAGAUACUGGAUCAGUUGGCCACGAUGGAUUGUCCCACCACGCUGGACGCCCUCAUUCAGCGGAGCCUGCAGAUAGACGAUCGGUUGGAGGACCGUCGCCAGGCCCGGGACCGCCAGCACUCCCGGCUCCUGGCUCCAGUCGUUCCCAGCAGGUCCACAGCCACAGCCGAGUUGCCGGACGAGCUAACGCAGCUUGGGGCUGCGUGACCUCGCCUCUCCCCCUCGGAGAAGACGCGGCGUCGGGAGGGGAACCUGUGUCUGUAGUGCGGUGGGAGUGGACAUUACGCCCGGUCCUGUCCUGAGAAGAUGCCAGCCGCAGGGAAACCGCCAACCUCGGUAGCCGAAAGGCCUGGCAACCUGGGGUCCCAAACCAUGCAAGAGGGGCCCACACCAGUGGAAUUGCGACAUCUCAUAGUUCCGGUGCGUCUUUACCCUCCAGGUGGGCCCUGGAUUCUUACCCACGCUCUGGUAGAUUCGGGGGCAACCCGCUCCUAUAUGGAUGCUGCCUUUGCUGCUCAUCAUCAGGUGCCACUUCAGAACAAGCUAGAACCAGUACAGGUGGAGGCAAUUGAUGGACGGCUCUUGUGGAGGGGAAGCUCCUCACAUUUCUUCUUAACGAAUGGUGUCCCCUGCGGACUGACAAGGCAAAAUAAGACAGUUGGGGUAUUUUGAAGGUGGAGGUCAACUUGAUAAACCCUCCAGUGGCACCCCAUUAAGUAUUAUGAUGGUUCUUCUAACUAAAAUGAUAUCAGCAGCACUGAAAAGCCAUCUAGUCACGAGAAACUUGCAGCUGCUCUCAAAUAAAGUCUCCCUGCCACACCACAUCCCAAUCCUGCCUUCUUUAAACCAGUUGUAUCAAUAGCAAUGCAAAAAUCAGUCUGAGGAUGUGAUGCCUCUUUAAUCUCCCCCCAUCCUUUCCUAAAACAGUUUUCCUUUCUGAAACGUUGCGCGUGGCCUUCCCAAAUGGGCUAGGCCUUCUAAGACAGCAUCAAACCUCCUUUUCCUGGCUUCCCAUGUCAGCCUGAAUCCCGAUAGUUAUGAAGCAUAAAAAAGGAGAGUUCAAAGUAAAAUAUAAAUUACCAUCCCCUUCAAGCACAAGGAGAAGUCUUAUUAAGUCUCCAGCGCUUGAAUAACGUCCCAUGUCUGUUCUUUAGACCUUUCUUCCUUUGUGAGGCAUAAAUGGACACAUCUUAUUGAUUUUCUUUCAACCUGGAUCACCUCAAUUGCUGUGAAUAUGGCAGACAAAUCCAACUCAUUCUCCCACAGGGAAUGAUGAAGAAUGCAGACGAGAAGCUGGGGAAAGACUUCUCACAGUGGGGAACCAAGAGUCAUUACGCAAGAAAACUAAGUCUAACUGCUUGUAAUUCUAAGUCCUUUUUCUUUUAUCUCCUUCCAAAAAAAAAAAAAAUGUUUUAACACUCAGAGUUGGAUCUUAAAUUUUUUAUGAAUACCGUUUUGUCUAUGGGAUCAACUGCUGAGAAUGGGGUUUUUUGUGCUUUGUUUUGUUUCCAGCAAGUUGUAUCAAGAUAGGCCAGGGGCAGCGACCAACCUUAAUAAACACCCAAACAGCAAAUAGGUAAGAAGAUCUACAAAAUGUCAGGAUCUCAGCCAAUCAUUAUUUGAAGCUUCAUAGGAAAAGCAAGUUUAACUUUCCUUUUCAUUCCUACCUUUGACACUUUAUCCUACAUAUUUAUAUAUAUAUAUAUUGUAUAGGACAAUUGUGAAAAAUAAAAAGGAAUAUAAAAGUAUAAAGUUUUUUUAAAAGAAUGAGAGCCUUUCACCGAAAGAGGGAUUCACGGAAUCAAUUGAGUUAUGCAGUUUCUUUAAAUCAGGUGAAUGAUGAUAGCAAAGCCUUUAAAAAUGUGGCAAGAAUACAGAGCACUCUCAGAUUUACUCCCAAAAAGAAAUAGAAAAAAGUCACAAUUGAAAUGCAGUGGGACACCUGGAAAUGAAUUAGGCAGGCUGUAUUUCAGCAUGUUCCAUUGACAAUCUUUUCUGAAAAUGGAUAUAUUAAGGGUGAACUGCUUUGCGACUGUAAAUUGAAAACUUGAUAUGCAAGGACUAAUUUCAAAAGCCCCCCCCCCCCCACCGCUUGUUAAGUGAAUUACCAAAAGAGAUGGAUUUAACGGACUUUGUUGUGUGUUAAAGGAUUUGAACUGCACCUAUCAGCAGAAUGUGCCGGCAAAGCAACGCCGGUCUAAUCAAAACCGUGGCUUCCUUUCAUGUAGCCAUCAACUAGGCUGCGCAUCCCACACGCCAAUGAAAUGAGUUUCUCUGACAGCUCUCAAUGUGGACGCAAAGCUUUUAGCUUGUCAGCACACAACAGAUCCCAUGUAAAAUUAACACUCUUCUGCAUUAACCUCAAAAGAAGGACAAACCAACAGCCUUCUUUUACCUUUCUAUUUAUUUAUUUAUUUAUUUAUUUAUUUAUUCGCUUUAAAAACCAAGGAUAACCACAGUGGGAACUUGAAUGUAUCAAAUGCAGUUUUCUCCUUUGGUAUGAGAGGAAUUUGAGCCCAUGCUGCCUUGCCAGUUUCUCAAAGGCAAAAAGGGAAUGAGUUUUCAGUGAGAGAGAGAAAAGAUCCUUCUUUCCUUUCCUUUCCUUUCCUUUCCUUCCUCCCUCCCAUCCCACCUGCUUGCUUACUGACAAGGAAGAACCCUACACUAGAGCUCACCUUCUCCUCCAGUCAAAUUCACAAACAACCAGUCAGAUUCACAAACUUGCUACCUAUCAAGAAAUCAAGAGAAAGCCCUUAUUCCUCUGGGCCCUGAUUUCCCCCUCUCUACUACACAGCAGAUAUUGGUUUCUUGCCAAGCCCCACAGGUUAGCUAAUAUUUUUUCACUUUUUUAUUUCAUUAGGAACAUAACAUCGUACCCAAUCAAAGCAAGAAUGGCAAACAAUUGUCUUCUUUGUUUCUACAGGUGUACAAAAUGUCCGGAUUGCUAAGAACUGAUUGUGGAAACACCACAAUAAGUUCUUCCACAUGAAAACCAUAUCAAGUUGGAACAUGACUCCUGUAUUGUUUGUUGUCAUUUGUCCUAUCAAACUGCAGUGGAGGAUUCUGAGUAUGCCACCCCUUGUUGUUCUUUUAGCUGAUAUGGUUUAAUUUUUCAGAAAUUGCAGCAGCAGCAACAACAACAAGAAGAAGAACAACAAGAACAACAACAACAUUUGUAUACCAAUAGUCAAGUGUUAGCUUCUGUGUAUCUUUCCAAGCUUGGGUAA